UCGGCUGCGUGCGGCUGCCUGCUUCCUCUAGUCCGCGACGUCGUCCCGUCCGAGCUCAUUCACUGAGGCUCCCCGAACGGCCGUCACGGCGCACCGGGCCCUGGCCGCCCUGCCUGGCUCAUCUGGCCACCAGGCCCACCCGCCGACCCAGUGCUAGUCUCGCUGGACUCCUGCAGUGCUGCAGUGCUGCCUGCAGCGCCGCUGCCCCGCGGCCCCGCGGCCUCGCCGCCCACCCCCAGCUGCUGCAGCUGUUGUUGUAAGGGCACUAGGGCACUGCCCUUGUCCCAUGAGGAGGGAGGGGCGAGGCACCAGCCCUAGGCGCCCUAGCAGCCCCUGCAGCCCAUCGGCAUGGCGGCCAGCAUGGCUGCCAACUCCCAGCGUCAAUACAGAACUCGUUUGCCCGCCGCCCAGAUCCCUACCGGGGACAUCUCCCUGUGGUCCAUUUUGAAGAAUGCCAUCGGCAAGGAGCUGAGCAAAAUCACCAUGCCGGUCGGUUUCAACGAGCCGCUGUCCUUCCUGCAGCGCAUGACGGAGUACAUGGAGUACGCCCACCUGCUUCGCCUGGCCUCGGAGCAGGAUGACCCCAUCGCGCGGAUGCAGUACGUGGCCGCCUUCGCCGUCAGCGCCCUGGGCUCCAACUGGGAGCGCCCGGGCAAACCCUUCAACCCGCUCCUGGGCGAGACGUUCGAGCUGGAGCGCCCCGAGUUCAGGAUCAUUUGCGAGCAAGUGAGCCACCACCCUCCGGUGUCGGCCUUCCACGCCGACAGCGAAAACUUUGUCUUCCACGGCUCCAUCCACCCCAAGCUCAAGUUCUGGGGGAAGAGCGUCGAGAUCCAGCCCAAGGGCACCGUCACCGUCGAACUGCCAAAGUGGAAGGAGGCCUACACCUGGAACAACGUCUCGUGCUGCGUGCACAACAUCAUCGUCGGCAAGCUCUGGAUCGAGCAGUACGGCACCAUGGAGGUCGUGAACCACAGCACGGGCCACCGCGCCAUCCUGGAGUUCAAGUCGGCCAGCUGGUUCUCCAAGGACCUCCACCGCGUGGAGGGCUUCAUCGUCGACAAGGACAAAAAGAAAAUCAAAUUCAUGUACGGCAAGUGGACGGAGAUUUUCCGAGUGACCGACCCCCAGUCGUACGAGGACUACUUGAAGGAGAACGCUCACAAAUUCAGGAGCGACGACAAAAAGAGCAAAUCGGACAAGAGUGACAACAGCCCCGCCCACACCCCCAGGAGAGUCCUGGCCAAGCUCAACUCGCUCAAAGUCAGUCCCUUCAGGGCCAGCGUCAGCACUGACACGGAUGACGGCCCCGAGGAACCCCCGGAGGGAGACAUCCCGGCCAGCGACUCGACCUUCUCCAUCGACAUCCCCAACUCCGUGACGCUGUGGGAGGCGGACCAGCGGCCGGAGAACAGCACCGACUACUACAAUUUCACGCGUUUCGCCAUGGCCCUAAAUGAGAUGGACGACGACAUGAGGGCCAAACUUUGCCCCACUGAUAGCAGACUGCGGCCCGACAUCCGCAAGCUGGAGGAGGGGGACGUGGACGGCGCGGCCACGGAGAAGACCCGCCUGGAGGAGAAGCAGCGCGGCCGCAAGGCGCGCAAGGACAAGAGCUCCAAGAAGGAGGAGAAGUGGAAACCCAGGUGGUUCGCUUUGGGCACCAACCCUCACACGAACCAGGAAGACUGGCUGUAUCAGGGAGGCUACUGGGACCGCAACUUCUCGCAGCUCGAGGACAUCUUCUAAGCCCUCGGCCGCGUGUUGCGGCCUCGCGGGCCGUCCUGCCGGUUACUGCCCGCCGCGGGACUUCCCCACCGCGGGACUUCCCCACCGUGGGACUUCCCCACCGUGGGACUUCCCCACCGUGGGACUUCCCCACCGUGGGACUUCCCCACCGUGGGACUUCCCCACCGUGGGACUUCCCCACCGUGGGACUCCCCCACCGUGGGACUUCCCCGCCGAGGGACUUCCCCGCGCUGACCAAUGCUGUGCGCUGGCUGCUGUCGCUGGCGUCGGCACGGUGUCUCUGGACCAUUCUGGCCACGACACUGGAGUCGGAGUCCGCGAAGGCGACUGUGCCUCUCUCCGCCUAGCCAGGUGCCGCUCCGGGAGUGAAGUGAAGUGACUUGUGCGAUGUCGGCGGCUUCGGACUGAAGACCGCACCGCCGCAGCACCCCAAGCCCGGCAGCGACAAAGCCGUGAGGCGGACGAGACACUGUUUCAGUGAACGUCGACUCGGCCGUGCAGCUGUGUAGCACUGGCGGCACGGAUUCCGAGAGUCGCUUUCGUCGCCCUGUCUCUGUCGCACUCAUAGACCAUCCUGUAUAGGUGCGAGAGAGACAGAGCGACGGAAAGUCUCUCGGAAUAAGUCCACAGGGAGCACAGCUUAGCUGGAGAGUGGAGAGGAGCAGUCUGUCACUCCCAAGCCCCGCGCAAGCCAUUGCCUUCAAAUGCCAACGAAUCAACUGUUAUUCCGUUUCCGAUUUUAAGCCAACUAGUAUGCCCUCCCAACAGCCCCACCAGCUCUGGACUGAGUGGCGAGAUCCGAACAAUAUGCAAAAUGAAUGGAUUCGAAUAGAUGACUCUUACGCGUGUAGUUAUUUUCAAUAAGACAAUAAGAAGAGCAUCGCUAGGACUUGAAUACGUAAAGGAAACGGUGUUUCUCAAGAAGUCCAGUUGGAAGUGUGACUGACAUGAAAAUAUGCAACAUGGGCUUCAACUCAAACCGCCAUUUGAUUAUCACGCUCAAUAGUUCAGCAAAGGUGCCCACAUAUCCUUGAUUUUGCUUCCUGGUUGACUUAUAAAAAAUGGCCUCCUAUAUCUUAAAUAGAAAGCUACCUAUGUACUUAGUAAUUGAUGUAUUGUCACAUACCUCGAUUAAUAUUCAAAAUUAUAUUGAAAAGAAAAUAUGAAAAUAUGUUAGGUGUGACUGUAUCACACAAUGAGGAAGGUGCAAACUUCUAGUCAAUAGGGAUCAUUGCAUCCUAAAACGCUCAUACGCAUAGGAUGACAGACUUUUAGAAAGCCUUAUUCUAAGCAGAAAGUGCCAGCGAGCAUAUCAUUAUUGGCACAACAAGGGGAUAAAACUGCAUGGGGCUUCAGAAAAGAAUGUUGUUAGUACUAACUAUUCCUGAGGAAUGGUCAUGUUAAAAUUAUUGUAACAUAGAGGUGUAAUGCCACUCUCUUGUUAGAGCUAUGUAGACACUGUGUCAUGAAUCGAACUAUGCAUCCAUCAUCAAAUUUAAAAGCACUAUGCGUUAUUUAUCUACCUGCCAAUCCAUUGUACCUGUAUCCUGAACCAAAUGGAUGUAUCCCUAUUUUUGGACAUCUAAUUGUAAAUAAUGUAAGUAGGAUUCCUAGGAGAAAAUCAAAUUCUUGAAUUCUGCAUCAAAACUAAAUAUACUGGCAGAAUUUUAUAAACAAAAAACAAACAUAAACAGAGACAAUUAACAGUUCCUUUUACAGUUAAAGAAGUAAAAACAAAAUCUGAGUUGCUCUUUCAUGUAAACAGAGCAGCAUUAAUUUGUUUUUUGUUUCUUUUACAUGGAUGCUUGGAAGCUAAUGCAUUAGACGUCUUCUAGAGUUCUAUGUCUGUGCUGCAAAAUCAAAUUGAUUAUAUUACCAGGGCUGUGACCUGUUCAGAUUUGGCAACAUUUCGUUCCUUAGAUUCUUUGAUGACUUGUUAAGAGCUGAUUAAAAAAGAAAUCGCUACUCAGUUAACCAGAUUCGACCAAUGUAGAACUUAGCCAGUAAGAGUCGAAACAAAUAUGAAGCAAUUAAAGUGGAGUGGAAACCCUAGCGAGCCUUCUCAGCACAAAAGCCUGGCUCCAUGGCCUCAAGUUCUUGUAGAAUUGUGACACUCUAGAUUUUGUGUGCAAAACUCUUAGAGCUAUGUUGUGUUUCUGUGAGUCGAAAAACGAUUAUGUCAUCUUCAAUGUUCUACAGCUUACAUCUUUUAUUUUUAGUAAUAAAAUCGUAAUUUUUAAUAACAA